AUGACAGGAUCUCUGGGAGAACCAGUGACCAUCAUGGAGGAGACAACAACAGACGCUCCUGAGAGACACAUCUAUCAGUCACAGCAGUUGUGUGCUGGUGAAAAGGAGUAUGUUCAGAAGAGGAAACAAGUGGCUCAGGAGUCACUGAACAGCCUGGGAAUCAACUGUUCAGUGGACUCGGUUCCCCAUGUUGCCCUGCUGGGGUCAGGAGGGGGGCAGAGAGCAGCGGUGGCUCUGCUGGGUUCCCUUUACCAGAUGCAAGAAGAAGGUCUGCUGGACACUGUGCUGUACCUCGGGGGAGUUUCUGGCUCCACAUGGUCCAUGGCGUCCCUGUACAGCGACCCCUGGUGGAGCAGCAACAUGGAGCGAGCGGUGUCCAGGCUGUCAGGACCUGAUGUGAGCCUGGAUGAAGCUCUGGCCUGGCUGGGCCAGAGGGCCGAGGGGGAGGACUUCUCCCUCAGCGACAUCUGGGGAGUCCUCACCUCCGCUGGGAUCAUGAAACAGAUGGAUCUACGGUGUCUUUCAGAGGAUGCCACCCAAAACGUCUCCAACCCUUACCCUGUCUACAGUGCCAUAGAGAAACACUGCUACUCACAUGGGCCUAUAGAGGGUAAAUGGUUUGAGGUGACUCCUCAUGAGGCUGGCUUCACAGAGUUGGGUCUCUUCAUUGAAACUUCUCAUCUGGGCAGCAAAUUCCAGGCAGGACAGCUGCUGGAGAAAAUGCCGGAGAUGGACAUCGUCAAACUACAAGGCCUUCUGGGUUGUGCUGUGGCUCAUGAAGAAAUCAUCAGAGAACUGAUCCCUCCCUGGCUAAAUGUGCCUGGGUACAUAGACGAAAAUGCAGACCAGUUCCUGCGUGUGCACCUCACCUUCGUCAGACUGGUGCUCCUGCUCAGAAACACCAUAGAGGAUCCCACUGCUCUGUCUAAGCUUGACAACCUGCAGAAAACACUAGAAGGCAAGCUACAUCGUAAUGAGUCUGCGUUGCUGGCGUCAAAGAGCCCAGAGGAGAGAAAACAAGUUUUUCAGGACUGGAGCCUGGAGCUGCUGGGGGCCGUAGAGAAAUGGAGCCAGAGUCUGGAAGAUGGACCACUUAAAAAACAUGUCUCUUGGCUGACUCAGCGCGUCCUUCCUCUUGUUGUGAAAUGGGAGUGGGGCACAACCAGAAACUUCCUCUACCAAUACCAAGAUCCGGUAGUCCCACCUUGCCUCAGCACUCAAGAGACAUUCCACUUGAUUGAUGCUGGGCUGCUGAUCAAUGUUGGCUACCCUUCUUUCCUGGGAGACAAGAGAGACAUUGACCUCAUCAUAGCACCUGAGUACAGUGCUGGGAACAUAUUUGAGACUGUGACUCUGGCCAGAGACUAUGCAGCCAAGGUGAACAAGCCUUUCCCAGAGAUAGAUGACAAAGUCCUGGAGGACAAAGACUGGCCCAAAGACUGCUACGUGUUCCAGGGAGAGGGGAAACAGCCCACCAUUGUUUACAUGCCACUCUUCAACAGAAACAACUGCAAAGAUGCAGAAGAGGUGAAGCAGAGGAUGGAGGAGUUCUCUACCUUCCAGCUUCCUUUCAACCAGGAGAAGAUCAACUUCCUGUUGGAGAUCGCUAAAGACAACAUGAAGAACAACAAGGAAACCAUCCUGAGGGAGAUCAGCAAGGCUGUUGAACGCAGACAGAACAAGAGCUAUGCCUGUGAAGGCGGCGGUGUCUGAUAUCUAAUCCCCAUCUUGGCAGAACUUCAGUCUGCAGUCCCACGAUGUCGAGAAAUAUGAAACUGACAUCAGUUCAGAGCGAGCCCAUGUAACCUCGUGAAAGAGGCCAGUGAUGCUGAAAGGAUGCAAGAAAAUAAAGAAUACAUGUACAGCUACCAGUAACAGCCAUAAUGCUUGGUAAAGCAACCUUUCUUCUAAAGCCGUCCAUAUGGAAAUGCAAUUUAUUUGACUAAAAGUAAAAUCUGCUUCCAAGGUCUUCUUUAGUGUAUUUGUUUUAUACAAAGGACCCAAAUUAUGUCAGUGACAGAAGCUGUUUCACAUGCAGACAUUCAUUUGUUCAAAACUGUUUUAUUACAUUGCCCUUUGUCGAUACACAAAAGUUCAGUGGAGAUGUUUUGAAAUCCAGCAUUUAUUUCCCCAUUUGAACAACAUUCA